AAUCAGCGAUAGAACCCGCAAGCAACAGCCACGGGGAGACCCUGUCAGCGCUCUCGGAGUCGCAAGAUCAGCAGCCUGCGCGGUGCGGCCGUAGACAGCUCGCAGCGGUGCCAGCAGGCCACGCGCAAGGCCCCGAGAGCAAGAGAGACAACCCCGCCCUCGUCGUGUCCACUCUGAGAUCGCCCAGAUGGGACGACGACCGGCAGCUGCUGCUGCCAGCGCAGCCGCGACGCGAACCCCGAGGUGGCCGAGUCCGACGCUACGGCUCGCGCUUCUCUUGCUUCUCGGAGCGCACUCGGCUCACUGCUUGGAGAAUGGCCUUGCCAGGACGCCCCCCAUGGGAUGGCUGGCCUGGGAGCGCUUCCAAUGCAACAUUGACUGCUCCCGGGAACCCGAGAACUGCAUCAGCGAGCGGCUGUUCAAGGAGAUGGCCGACGCUCUCGUAUAUGAGGGAUACCGGGACGUGGGAUACGAGUACGUGAACAUCGACGACUGCUGGAUGACGCAGGAGCGCGACGUGACCGGACGGCUGCAGGCCAAUCGCACCCGUUUCCCCAACGGCAUCAAGCACCUCGCCGACUUCAUGCACGCUCGUGGCCUGAAGCUGGGGAUCUACGGCAACGUAGGGACAAAGACAUGCGCAGGCUACGCCGGAAGCUUGGGUAACCUGUACACGGACGCCCAGACCUUCGCCGACUGGGAUGUGGACAUGGUCAAGAUGGAUGGCUGCUACGCCAGCAUCCGAGACUACGAGAGGCUGUACACAGAUUUCGGCGACGCUAUCAACCGGACUGGACGACCGAUGCUCUACUCGUGCAGUUGGCCUGCCUAUGAAGUCUCGUAUGGAGUUAGCCCCAACUACAAGUUGAUCGGCCACCACUGCAACCUGUGGAGGAACUACGUGGACAUCGCCGAUACUUGGCAGAGCGUGGAGAGUGUCAUCGACUACUAUGCCGCCAACCAGAACGUGCUGACCGCAGCAGCCGCACCGGGCCGCUGGAACGACCCGGACAUGUUGGUCAUCGGCAACUUCGGGCUGAGCUACGACCAGAGUAAGGCCCAGAUGGCGCUCUGGGCUAUAAUAGCUGCUCCUCUGCUCAUGUCCAACGACCUGCGCCGUAUGCGCCCCGAGUUCAAGGAGAUUCUGCAGAACAGAGCCAUCAUCGCGGUGAACCAGGAUCCACUGGGGAUAAUGGGAAUGAAAAUUAGGGUGGAAGACGGCGUGGAGACAUGGAUCCGUCCGGUGACCCCCGUGGUGGGCGAGUCCGGCUACUCGUUUGCCCUGGUCUUCUUCAAUAGGAACAUCAUGGGCACCACUCGAGAACACGUCACGCAGCUCCGGACACUGGGGCUUCUCCAUCCGCUUGGCUACCGUGUGACCGACCUCUUCGAGAACAGGUUUCUGGGCGUGUACUUCCCCGACGACUAUCUGGCGCUACGAGUGAACCCGGCCGGUGGCGUCGCCAUGGUAAAGGCGGAGGCCAUGAUGCCGGUGCCUCCCGUACUUAGACCGCCUCCACCACAGCUUCCGAGGUUCACGCAGCAGCGAGGACUACCCGUGGCACGCACCGCAAUGACGGGCCGCAGCGCGCAACUGCCUCUGCCACCUACUCUGCCACCUCAGAGGAUCGGAAAUGGCAUCGGCGUGCCGUUUGACUACGUCGUGGGCGUCGACGGUUUGAGACGGAGGAUUCGAGUUCAUGCGCUGAGAAGCACACAGUCCCCCAGAAGCGCGCAAAGUCGGCCACUGUCGACAUAGGCGCCGUUGCUUGAUUGCGUGCACUUGAUCUCCUGGACAUUGUAGCAGCGACAACGAAAGAAGUGUCACCCGGCUACGUCCCAGCAGAUGAUUACAGAGUGUUGAAUGGUGUUUGUUGAUAACGAAUCGACUUAUUUGUCCCUGGUGAUGACUUGAGGAAGAUAGGUGAAUAGAGUGACGCAAGUGGGACGUCAAUUUGUUACGAUGAUAUGUAUUAUGUAGGAACGUUUGCUUGUUCACUUUACUUUUUUUUGUAAUAUUCAAUAACUCAGCAUUCGGCCUAUUAGUGAUGGGUCUUUGUAUGUACAUCAGAUUAUAAAUAAAAUUAUGAAGAAAUGUGAGGUUUAAAAAGAUUUCUCCAUACGAAUAGAUUAUCAUACACUAUUGCUCUAGUCGUCCUUACCUUUACUGGAUAGCUACACAAGUAUACGAGGGAUGUGUGAACAUAAACGUUAAGCUGUGCUCAGUCCUGUUAUAUACUGCUGUGUGCUCGGUUUGCAAAUGCGGUAAUGUCUGCAAAUGCAGUUUCUGAACUGGUUACGAAUAAUUGCUUUUCUAUCAUGGUACAUUGAAUGAACUUUUGUUCCUUGAUGCGGCAAACAUACCAAACAGCCAUAGGAGCAACAGAAUGUUUAAACGUCAGAGACAGUAGUGAUUACUGUAAUGUUAGGUAGCAAAGCAAUAAGACAUUUUGGUGACCAAAUGUCCGAAUGGCUAUCGCCACAAAGCUCGCACAAAUAAAUUAUGCAUGGCUGCGGGUGAUGGUAGUUGACUGAUUUAAUAGUUUCAAGAAAGCCACGAAAUUUGGUUAGCUCAGUCAGAUGUUAUUGAACACACUUUUAAGCACACUUCCCUUUGAGAACAUGUGUGAACGGAUGUGGCGCGCUCUGUUACUGGACAGAACUGGAAUUGGUUUUACAGACACUGUACUUGCUGCUUUCUUUGUUAUAGUUUGUACAUUGUUGUUUUGAUUUCGAGGAGCAGCAGGCUGCCCCUGAUGCCCGUCUCGAAUGUCAACUACAGUUUUUUUUGUUAAUAAAGUACGCUGACUCGAU